UGUUGUAUGUGACGUCAAGCAAUGAUAUUUCGCGAUUUUCGAUUGGAAUUAGCGAAAAGCUCGAUUUAAGCCGCGUCGUUUUCCCGUUCGUAUCCAUGGGGUCCCGUAGGAUCGUCGUGUUGGCGAUCUUAUGGCUAGUGCACCAAGUAGGGGGCAAAGUGACGUGUCGCGAAGUGCAAUUGCAUCGCGACUGUGAGACGUUAUGUAGUACGAGUCGCGAUGGAGUUGUUUCUUGCGAGCUAAGGGUUGCUGUUCUCUUACCGGCCGACCCAAGUUUCGAUAUUUCCUUACCUAAGGUUCUUCCGGUUCUUGAUUUAGCGGUGUACGAAGCGAGAUCACGAAAUUUGCUACCUUAUUGGUUGAAACUGAAAUUUCUGCAGCAGGACGACCAUUGUGAUGCAAUGUAUGCACAAAUCGGCGCAAUUGAUAGUUUUUCGCAUUGUGUACAUUUAUUUCUUGGGCCAGCGUGUGAUUAUUGCGUCGCGGUUGUUGGUAGAGUCGUGAAAUUCUUUGGGGCGCCGUUAAUUACCACGGGAGGCUUUACUUUCGAUUUUACCGAGAAAAAGAUCGAAUGUAAAGACGAAUACUUUAUGACCACAAGAAUCGGAAAUUUGGCUUUCAGGGACAUCGCCAAAUUUUUUGUAGCUAUAAUGGAUCGGUACAACUGGCGUAAAGUGCAUCUCGUUUAUGCGACGAACGGGCAGAGUCAAAUUGCUGGUAGACAUACAUGUCAGCUUAUGAUGAAGUCAGUGGUAGAAUUUCUCAAGAAAGAGCACGAUAUCACUUAUGGUACUUUCGAUGUCGAAGCUACGACCCCUAACGAUUACCCAGAAGCCUUGAGAGAUCAUGUUGGCAGUUCGUACGGCGUCGUGGUAAUGUGCGCUAAUUCAACAACCAUCCGGGAGAUAUUGCUGGCUGCCGAAGAGCUCGGGAUGGUGGACUCAGGAGAAUAUGUGUUCUUCUCCAUAGAGCUUUCCUCCAGUGACAACGAUUCCACAGAACCGUGGAGAAUCGACGGCGACACCGACGAGCGUAAUGAAAAAGCCCGUAAGGCUUAUCAGGCCCUGCUGACAGUGACAGCGCGCACCCCGGACAACAUGGAGUACCUAAAUUUUUCGCGCGAGGUCAAAAGUUUGGCGCAAAGCAAAUAUAACUUUACUUUCGGAAAUAGUUCGGUCUCCACGUUUGUGACAGCGUUUUACGACGCCGUGCUGCUUUACGCCCUCGCCCUUAAGGAGAGCUUGCCGGAGAAGCCGGGGGAGGUCAACUUGGACGGCGGUAAUCUAACCCGAAGGAUGUGGGGAAAAAGUUUCAAAGGAAUAACCGGCGACGUAAACAUCGAUGAGAACGGCGAUAGAAUUGCGGAUUAUUCUCUGCUGGAUAUGGAUCCGGCAACAUCUAGAUUCGAAAUCGUAGCAAAUUAUUACGGUGCAAACAAAACAUUGGAGUAUAUUCCUGGGAAGAAAAUUCACUGGGCCGGAGGACGUUUAGAGCCACCUCCAGAUACGCCUACUUGCGGAUUCGACGGAUCGUUGUGUCCCGAUAAUUCUCUUCCGGGCUACGCCAUCCUCUCCAUGGUAUUGAGCUCCAUUGUGGUCGUUCUCGUCGUUGGUUCAGUAUUUAUUUAUCGACGCUUCAAACUGGAAGCGGAAAUUGCCUCCAUGACGUGGAAGGUGCAUUGGGAUGACGUAAUCGUAAUACCGAACGCAAAGACAAGGGGUUCUAUGUACUCUUUGAUUGCGAAUAAGUUUCGCGGCAGCCAACUGACGAUAUAUACCGAGGACAAUGCAAGUAUGCCGGAUGAUGUUGAUAAAAAUGUGUACGUUCCAACGGGAUUUUAUAAGAACUCAAAAAUCGCUAUAAAACAUAUACCGAGAAACAAAGUUGAGAUCUCCAGGCCUUUAUUGCUCGAAUUAAAGCGGAUGAAGGAUCUUCAGCAUGAUCAUCUUGUACGAUUUUACGGUGCCUGUCUCGAGCCACCCCAUUGUUGCCUCUUAACCGAAUACUGCCCUAAGGGAUCUCUUCAGGAUAUACUGGAGAACGAGCAGAUAAAGCUCGAUCGCGUGUUCAGGGGAUCCCUGAUACACGAUAUCGUCCGCGGCAUGGCGUAUCUCCACGCAUCGGAGGUCAAAAGUCACGGUAAUCUCAAGUCCUCAAACUGCGUGGUCGAUUCGCGAUUCGUCCUGAAAAUCGCCGACUUUGGCUUGCACGAGCUCAGAAGAACGAACGCGGAGGAGGACGUCGACAGAAACAGCUACGCUUAUUGGAGAAAACAGCUUUGGACAGCACCAGAGUUGCUGAGAAUGGAAAGACGGCCGCCCGAGGGCACUCAGAAAGGCGAUGUAUAUAGCUUCGCUAUAAUCGUUCACGAGAUCGUGAUGCGCCAAGGGCCAUUCUACCUGGGAGACAAUAACAACCUUUCUCCGAAGGAAAUAAUAGAAGGCGUUAGAAGAGGUGGCGGUUCACCUUUAAGACCUGUAAUUGACGACGCUGCCGUCGAAGAAGAGGUAGCUACACUAAUGAGACGAUGUUGGGCGCAAGAUUCCGCCGACCGACCGGAUUUUCCUGCGCUGAAGCAGACCAUUCGUAAAAUUAAUAAAGACUAUGAGAGCAGCAAUAUCUUGGAUAAUUUGCUGUCUCGCAUGGAACAAUACGCCACAAAUUUAGAAACAUUGGUGGAGGAACGUACGGCGGACUAUCUCGAGGAGAAACGUAAAUGCGAGGAGCUUCUUUACCAGCUACUACCAAAAUCGGUGGCGUCGCAGCUGAUCCUCGGACAAAGCGUAAUCGCCGAGACAUACGACCAAGUGACAAUCUACUUUAGCGACAUCGUGGGCUUCACGAGUCUGUCGGCUGAGAGCACGCCUCUGCAGGUGGUCGAUCUGCUGAAUGACCUCUAUACGUGUUUCGACUCCAUUAUCGAGAACUUCGAUGUCUACAAGGUAGAAACGAUAGGGGAUGCUUAUAUGGUAGUAUCGGGAUUACCAGUGAGAAACGGCAUGAAUCACGCCAGAGAGAUUGCGAGGAUGAGUUUAGCUCUCAGGGAUACGGUAAUGACGUUCAGUAUUCGCCACAGGCCAAACGAGCAAUUGAAGCUUCGCAUUGGCAUGCAUUCUGGACCAUGCGUGGCCGGUGUGGUGGGUCUUAAGAUGCCUAGAUACUGCCUGUUCGGUGACACUGUCAACACAGCCUCCAGAAUGGAGAGUAACGGAGAAGCUUUGAAGAUUCACGUCAGCCCGAAGACAAAGGAAAUUUUGGACACUUUUGGCACAUUCGAACUCGUCUGCAGAGGAGAAGUCAUAUUAAAGGGUAAAGGCCCCAUGAUUACUUACUGGCUAAUGGGCGAGAAACCGACGAAUAACAACGUGCAACAGGCGAAUCCCACGACAUUUAGCCAGAUAUCGACUCUGCAGGAUCAACCUCCUGCCGUCACCGCGCAAAUUCAGAUGACGCAGCCGAAGCAAGUGGAGCAACGCGCGCUUCCACCCAUUGGCCAACACAAAUUUCAAGGUCAAUCGGACCAGCAGUACCCGGCUCAGCAACAACAAUCGAUUCAGUCGAGGAGUCAGGAGUCGCGACAGCAGGGGCAUCCGGGUCAGCAGAGGCCGCAAGAAUCGCAGCACUCGGGUUUAACGGGCCAACCGCGGGGUCAAGGCCCGGCCCAGGUUAAUCCAUCGUCCGUUCCUCCGAAUCAGCUUCAGCAGAAAACCACAAUGGCCAUGAAUCCCGCUUGCGGUCUCGCUAUGACUGGAAACGGCGCGCCGAAAUCGACGAUCGCGUCGCGGACUGUCGUCGGCAACUCCUCACCGUCUCGCAACCGAUCGAGUGUUUCGUCGAACGCGAAUAACUCCGUGCACCAGGUCUACCCAACGGCCGAGAGUAUGCCAAAUCACACCGAGAGUGGUCCCAACGCGCCUCUCCUUCUACCCGCGGGUGCGAUUCCCAGGGUCUAGCUCUCUUAAAUUGUCUUUUGUCGGUGACAUUCGCUUUAUCAGUUAUCGAAUCUUGGAAAGAUACCGCGAGCUUGAGAUCGAUACUUGGACACGUUAAUGAGAAUUUUGUUUGAUCGAUACUCGUGAGAAAAAAUUAGACGAAAGCAACGGACUUGUUAGAGGAUGAAAACGAAGGACUUUUAAGGUUGUCAAGACUCAGCUUCUGCGUUUCAAGAAUUAAAUCUCUUCGAGGCAACAGUUAUCUAUCGUUUAAUUAGAUUUAUCAUGCGUUUCUCUUGCGUUAAUUAAUUUUCUGGCUUCCUGAAAAGUAUUUGUUAAAUCAAAAUUCUAGUUAAUCAAUUGGUAGAACAUUUACUUUUGAUAUAUUAUUCACGUUAUUAAUAAUAAAUGUUAAUAAUAGCUGACGAGGCUCUACAGAGUCAAGGACCAACUCCAGAUUCGCAGAAAGUGAUCUCUUCCUACAAGGUAUUACGGAACCAAAUUUUACAAAGAUAACAAUUAGCGCAAUUUAGAACAAAUAUGACUGUCGCGACGAUGAUCGCACGUAAGGAUGGAACAGCAAAAACUCGGAUUUGAGCAGAGAAAAACUUGAAGAAGGAGCAAUGAAUUAUAGAGGGAUACACGAUCGAUCAUAUGCUUUCGCUGAAGGUACUUAUGGUCUUUUGCAUAUGAACACAGUAUUAUUACCGGUCACGUAUGCGUUUUAUUUAUUCAAACUGAAACAAACAUUUGACGAAAUGCGAUUCAUAUGCAACGGCACGUAAAAUGCAAUAUGGGCUUAAUUUAGCAGCAAAUUUCUCGUAUUAGCUGCGAUCGAUCCCUGCCGAAUUAAACAAAAUCACGAACAUACGCGACUUUAAAUUCUCUUUUUUUUUUUUUAAGAUUUCAAGAACUUUUAUCAAUUUUGAUUAAUCGUGAUUAAUCUAAAUAUUUUUGUCGAUAUUAUUAUUAUAAUUAUUUAGAACAAGACAGAGAAAUAAUUGGACCCGAAGUUGUAAUUUAUCGAUGUUGGUGAAGUUGACUUGAGAUUGAUCGUAUAAAGGAACGGUGAAUUUUCUCGACCUUAUCUAUAUGUAUACUUAUUAUGGAAGUAUUUGUGUGUAAGCUUCUUGUAAUAUAUUUUUUCUAUUUUUUUUCUAUCGAAAUGAUUUUGCUCUUUUUCGACAUUUGUCUACGAUCGCGGAUCACAAACAAAUAUCACGAGGCAUGUAGAUCAGCCACAGUGUGUUUGUCGUUGCAUGCUCAUUAUAACAAAUAUUAUCGUUCGUAAUACGCGCGUGCUUACAGAGCGUAACACGAUACAGAGAAUUUCGAACCUAUUACAUACACACAUACAAACACACACACACGCAAAGUGUUAUAUAUAAAUAUAUAAGAGAGAAAAAGAGAUAUAUAUGUAUACACAUACAAAUACAUGUAUAUGUUAUGAGAUUAGAUUAUAUAUAUAUAUAUAGAUGUAUAUGACUGCAAGAAAACAAAAAGUUACCAGUAGCUAACAUCAAUGUUUAGAGCCGCUCGUAGCGAACAGAGGCUGGGCCUCUCGCGAAACGAAUCUAUGAUGUGUCUGAAAAAUAAUAGCGGGAAUGCGAGUGCAUAUAUCUGCGCGAAACAAAUACAAAUACAAACAUACGUACACAUAUAAGAGAGCAGAUAUAUGCACAUGCGGUCGCAGUUGCAUACAUGUGUUUAAUGUAUGGACGAACGAUGCAGGUAGUUGAUGAUUUUUCGCGGUUGCCCUGUUGUAAACACGGUAUAUGGCGAUACGAGGUGAGAGAAAGGGAGAGCAUUUACACUCGCAUUUGCGAGUACGAUGCAUCGUGAAGAGUGAAAUUCUAUCUGUGUCAAUCUCUCUUUUAACGAUGUACCAAUGAAUAUUCCGAAAAUAAAGUUUAAUUGUUUUCAAAAAAAA